AUGGUACCGGUUCUGGAAACAGUCACUGGAGGUAGAUUGACAGUCUUUAGAGAAGUUGAAAUGAGACUAACGCUUGGAAACUGCGAAAUAGAAACUAAGGUAUCAGUGGCCAAUAUUGUCGACGAAUCCGUUUUGGGACCAGAUAUCAUAUCCCCCUACGGAUUCGUGGUUCAGCAACCUACAAGGGAACUCAUCGACCCUUUCAAGAAGGCGUGGAUCCAUCUGUCUGAAGAAAAACCAUACCAGGCCACCAGAUUCCUAGAGGAAAAGAAAUUUAUAUUUUUGAAGGACAAAAUCAUUGGUCGAAAGGAUUUACUUCAAUAUUGGAUCAAUACUGGUGAUGGCAAACCCAUACGCCAACCACCGAGACGACUUCCCUCAGCAAAGCAAGACGGAGCUGCCCCCUUUUUCAAAGGCAUAUUGGAGGAGAAAAUAAUCGAGGAAUUAAACAGCUACUGGUCGUCACCUCUCGUGUUGGUGAUUGAGAAAGAUGGAUCGACGAGAUUCUGCGUCGACUACAGGAGGCUUAAUGAUGUCACCAAAGAGGACAGCAAUAUCACCAAUUCAAGGAGAUAUCCUGUUAUGGUCUUCAUUCACGGCGAGUCUUUCGAGUGGAAUUCAGGAAACCCGUACGAUGGAAGUGUCCUCGCUGCAUAUGGCCAGGUCAUUGUUGUCACAAUCAACUUUAGACUAGGAAUAUUGGGUUUCUUGAAAGCAGGGACCGAACUCGAUUCGAAGAGCAACUUUGGCCUCGUCGACCAGAUAGCCGCCCUGCUGUGGGUCAAGGACAAUAUAGAGGCCUUCGGGGGAGACAUCAAUUCUGUCACCUUGUUCGGACAUGGGACUGGCGCGGUCUGUGCCAGCCUUCUCAUGAUCAGCCCCAUGAUUCUGAAGGGAAACGAAAGACUAUUCCACCGAGCGAUCCUGAUGGGCGGAACGGCCCUGUCUGAUUGGGCACUGGCCGGCAAUCCGACAGGAGUAACAUAUCAAGUAUCGAAAGCACUCAACUGUCAAAUACACGACGAUUUUGCGGAGUGUCUGAGAAGGAAGCGCCUCGACGAAAUCAUGGCUGCAAGUGCAAUCACUCCCGAUUACAAGACAAGAUUCGGACCAGUAGUGGACUCUAUAGUGGUGCCCAAUGAGCCGAAGAAAUCCAUGACGCAGUACAAUGAUUUAUUCCGAAGAUUCGAGCUGAUGUACGGCGUGACCGAACAAGAAAGUCUGCACCUCCUCGGGCCAGUGGCCCUCAUCAAAGGAAUGCUGGAGAAGGAGCGAGAUCAAGAGCUCCGUGCUUACUUCCAUUCACGCUGUGAAAUGAGGCCCGGCCUCUGCAUGCAACGCACUCUGGACGAAUACUCUCGAAACGACGCUUUUCCGCAGAACGAUCGCCUUUACGGGGACUACACGGGUUACGAGCCAGACAGAGCAUCGCUGGCUAGAGACAGCCUGCUUGAUAUCUUAUCCGACGCCCGCUCCGUUGCGCCGAUCGUGCAAAUGGCCAGAUAUCACGCCGCACUUAACUUGCAAUCCUACUUUUAUGUGUUCACACACAGGACGAAUUCCAAGGAAUACAUUAGAGACAAGAGCUAUAAUGGAGAAGAGCUGCCGUACGUGUUUGGGGUGCCUCUAGACGGGCCAAAAUUUCACUUCACAGACACGUACAGAGAAGAAGAGCGAAUGUUUUCCGAGAUAGUUAUGAUGUAUUUCUCCAACUUUGCUGAGACAGGCGACAGAUGUUUUAUAGUAUGAAUCCAGCUUAUUGGGCUCAAUAUGACGUGGAAUGGCCAGAGUUUGAUUUGAGGGAGGAAAGAUAUAUCGAACUGAAGAUUCCCCCACAGCCUUCACAGCACUAUCGUAGUUCCAAGAUCAGAUACUGGAAUGACAUAUUUCCGAACCUGACCGAGAAUAUUCCACAAAACUUAUAUCCACAAUCGCAUCCAACCAAAAGGACUCCCUAUAAACCUCCACUGGCAAAUCCUCCACGAAGAACUCCGUCAUUUCCAUCAUUCCUCUACGAUCAUCUGAGUACCCCAAAAAAUAAGUUUGAAAAUUUCGAGAAACCGUUCAAACCGAAAUCGAAAGAAGUUUUUGGUACCAUAGUUAACACAGGGACAAAUCGACCAGACAAUAUUAUGGAAAAUAUUUAUGGUAAAGUCAUAGAAGCACCUGCUGAAGAGGUCAAACAGAGCUCUUCCAUGAACAUAAUAAUUAUCAUAGGAGGGAUAUUUCUUAUGGUGAAUUUGAUUCUUCUCGUGAUUCUCUAUUUCAAAUGUUACAGGAAUAAAAAGAACGGAAGAGAAAAAACCACGACUACGACGGAUGCAAAUGAAGAUGAAAAAAGACCCAAAGAUGAGGAAACUUUCUUGAUGAACGGUUGCAACAUUGUACGAAUGAUGAAUAAAUCUCCCAAAAGUGAAGAUACGUACGAGGCAGUGAGAUCUGGUGCGAUACCAAAACACAAACUGUCGAGGCAAAUGUCUAGUAGUACCAUAGAUGCCCACACGAAAGUGAGAGAGUGGAUUGCACAGGAAAUAAUUCAUAAAUACAGCCCAAGAUUCUUUAGGAGAACUGAACAGAACAGUAGCCCCAGAGAAAAAGUAUCCAUUCCGGAAGAUUUUACGAUUCCAUCAAAAGGAGACAAAGAUUCCACUCUAGGACGAAGCCCAACAAGACCAGUGAGCCCAGUUGAUCAAAAACCUAUCAUCAUGAAGACGUCAACUGUAACAAGACAUAAGGUGAAAGUUCCCAAGGUGUCUGUGGCUGUUGAUGCCACUCCUUCCGGGAGAGGCCCCAGUGUCUUGAUGCAACAACCAAUCGAAUUCACCAAAUCACUAGACUAUCCCAAUAUUAAACCAGAUGGAGUUCCACUACGUAGGUCCUUCACUGUGGAAGAUUUCUCACCUCGAAUUUCUGACAAACACAAAGAUACCAGAAUAAGUUCAAAUAAUAUCCAUUUCAAUCUUGAAGAUCUUCAGCCGACUGUUAUAAAAAUAUCCCACACUCAUUCCAAAUCUGAUCCUGUACAAGAUGUGGACUAUACCGCUAUGAAACGACUCAGAACGUUCGAUCCCAAUCAAAGCGUGAAUGUAACAUGCAAGGAUGAAAAUGACCAACCUAUUCCUUUGACUCCUGAAGAGUCCCUCAAGACAAUCAAGAGAAGAAACUUUCCUAAAGUUCUUCCCGAUCUUCCGAGUCGGCAGGCCACAAUAAACAAGCGACUGUCAAUGCCAAUACAGGGCCUCUACAUGCCUGCAAAUGACUCUUCAUCAGUUUCCCCAACAAACUCGCCUCUAGCACAAAGCCUCAAUAAAUUUCCUCCCGCUCCUCCACCCAGAGCCAGUACUCUGAUCAAGCAGUCUAGUAGUCCUCUACCCGUAUUUAUAUCGGAGCCCGCAUUGGCUGAGGAGCAAGAGGAGGAACCGGAAAUAGUUUGCAACAACCUCUAUGUUGGACCAUUGAUUCCUAGACGUCAACCUGGGAAUAAUAUUCAGGUUUAUGGUAGUUUGGGAAGUGUCAAAAAUGGAAACGGAUCAAAAACCACUAUCAGUUCCAGCACAGAACUGAAGAAUAGUGAUCCUAAACUUUUCACUAAACCUCCGUUGAUGAAAAAACCAUUUGAGGACAGUUCAAUAAAAAUUAUUCCGAAACUACAGCAUAAUAACAACCACAAGAAGGAAAAACCGAAUAGAAUUCCAGAAGAAAAGACUGACAACUUGGAUGCAUCUGUUCAAGAAGUUGAUAAUCAGUGCCAAGUAGGUGUACGACCAUUGAAAAAAUCUCAAAUACCAACCCUAUCGAAGAAUUCGAAUGCCACUUUGAACAAGGAAUCUUCCAGUUCUGAAUCCACUCCUUCUGAAGAGUCCGAUACAGGAACGAUUGUGAAAAAAAUAUGAACUCUUGUGUGGUGGUGUUUGGUUAGAACAGAAACAAGAAUAUUGGUUCGUGUAUCAUCUUCUGUUAUUAAUUCAGUGAUAUUAUUGAGUGUUGAUCUGAAUACAGGAAAAUGGGAGAAUGAAAAAGUUACUUCACACAUUUGACUUAUAGUCCUUUGUUCAAGUUUUCAUAUUUCACUUGUAUCAAAGAUUUGGUGAUACCUCUAUCGGUUUUUCUUUUUAUUUUUAUCGACACCUCUGAUGAAAGCUAGAUGAAACAAACACUAUAUGUAAACGAUGUUACCACCUCGCGUUCUUUUGAUCAUCCUGUAUAUAUUUUCUCAAAUUUCAUGUACUUCUGUGAACUGAUACUGAAUGAAAAAUGUGCACAGAAACAAAUAAGUCAUUAAAGGAUUGGGUAUCGAGUAGAUUUAAAAACUAUCAACAGAGUGAGUCAAUGAAAGUUAAACAAGGGUAAUUCCUCACAGUUGAAAUUCAGCCACCAUAUUUUCAUCCUUGUUACCUCCAUAUCCCCAAUCUAACUUCUGAAUUGUAAAUGGAAUUGGAACCUAUUUACACACGACCAAAUAAACCCAGCUGUUUCAACGAAGCUGACUAGUUUACAUGGUGAGUGACCUUCCAGGUCAGAUUGUGGUAGUGUGGCUCUGCCAAACUUUGAAAACCUGAUUCGUUCCUCAGCGGGACAGGCAUUGAGUAUGUGCUGGGCUCUUUCAUCAUUUUCCAAACAGAGGCGACUCACGUUGUCUUCAGUCCGAGUCUCUGCAUAUGAUGAUUCAGACAACAUUAACCUGUGAGAAGGCCUGUUAGACGACAUCGAGUUUCUACCUACUGUAGCCCAACAGCUUUGAAGGGUGAAUAAACGACUUGGAGGGAGCCAAUCUUAUGAGGUUUCCCCAGAAGUCCAUAAAUCCAUAAGUGUUCAAUGUUUUUUGGCUUAAUCGAAAGCGAUGCCAAUGACAGGUACUGGUUCG